AUGGAGUCAAGGACAAGAGAUAUGGUAUGUGAAAUCUGCCAGCGUGGGCAUCACCCGCAGAGGUUGCCGUUCUUCUGUGCGAUGGAUGCCCGCAACGCGCUGUAUGAAGGCCGCUUCGCCAAUGCUCGGGUCAUGAUAGAGAUGGAUGAGCUGGAACAGCGCGUGUCCAGCCUUUUGGGCAACAGUGCAUCAGAAACAGUGGCAUCUGGCUCGAGCCAAUCGCGCGCUCUUGUUGAGAACCGCGCAUCGGACGAGCGAAAAGCGAAGGCUCGUACAGAACAGAUUAUUGCAGCGGCAGAAAAGCUCCAGCAAGAAAUUGACGAUGCUAAGAGAGAGAUCGAGGAGCGCAAAGCUACGAUUGCCCUGCGAAAGGCUGAUCUCGCCACUGCUUCUCAGGGAGUUGCUGCGCGAAGAAACAGGGAGCUUGAAGAGACCAGGACAACCUCUAGGAAGAUCAAGUACCACUGGGAUCGAGAGCACGAGGCUACAGCACAGUAUCGCGCUGCUCUGUGCACAGAGGUUGCCAAGCUGUACAGAUUACAACGCGUCAAAAGAAGUAACCCUAAUCGAUAUGAAUACAAAAUAGGGGGUCUUGAAGUGGUGGACUUGCAUCAUUUGAAUAGUACAAGCCCCGAGCACAUCUCGGCCUCUCUUGGGCACAUCGCGCAUUUGCUGUGGUUGUCGUCCCACUACCUUGCUGUGAGACUUCCCGCCGAGAUUACAUUGCCGCACAAUGACUACCCAAGAGCCACAAUCUUCUCACUGGCAUCAUCGUAUCACCACGGGCAGGUCGGAUUUCCUGGAGCGUCCCCGUUACCGAUAGAUGCACUGGACCGUCAGUAUGGCCACGUACCACAUCCGCGACCCCUAUUUCUGGACAAGCCCCUUUCCUCGUUUUCCAAAGAUGAGUCAAAUAACUACACGGCAUUUCUGGAGGGCAUCUGUCUUCUUGCGUAUAACAUCGUCUGGCUAUGCCGGACACAAGGGAUUCCUGUCGGCGACAACAGCAACAGUUUCGAUGAUUUUAUGUACAUGGGGCGGAAUCUAUGGAGCUUGCUUAUUGGUUCUUCCCUACAAAGGAGUCAACCUGUCCAACCACUUAUUGGUGCAAACGCGCCCUCUCCUACACGCACUGGUAAUACCCCAGGCCUUGCUGAAAAUGAUGAUCUCACCAAGGCUGCGCCAAAGAUGGGACGCUGGUCUCACGGUGCAGCACACACGUCACUUAGCAGGGCAGACGGACAGGAAUUCACCAAGGCAUUCAAGCUUCCCAAUCCCAUUAAAUUAGCCGAUAAACUUAAGGCACGUCUCGCACAAGACGCACCUAUACCUGAGUGGGAGAUGGUUGAAGACGACGAGUUCGCGCCAAACGACCUCAAUGAUGGCGUGUUAGUUGGGAAUACGCCGCAAUCCCGAGCUACAGCGCCACGGUUUGGCAACGAAAGCUACAUGAGCGUGCACACCGUUAGAAGCCAUGGUUCGGGCGAUGCGAGAACCUCCUUGGCGGCUAUUAACGGAGUAGCUGGGCAAGAAAAAGAAAGAAGCUCAAACGGCUGGACGAAAGUCAAGCCUAGAUGA